AUGGAUACACCCCGCUCAGAAAAUACCUACACCAAUGGCACUAGUCGGACAACCUCUAUGGGGUCCGAGGAACGCCCAGACUACCUCAACCUACCUGUCCGCGAAGUCAGUGAUGGCGCAGACCUUCGUGAAUACACUACCGAAACGCGAACAGGCGAAAUCAUUAAGCCUGUGAAGUCCAAUGCCACAGGAAAAAUGGAAGACUGGAAGCUGGUGACGUUUACACUCGAUGAUCCCGAGAACCCUAAGAACUGGUCGAAGGCAUACAAAUGGUACUGCACCAUGGUGGUGGCUUUCACUUGCUUUGUUGUCGCUUUUGCCAGUAGUGUCAUCACUGCUGACUUGGAGGGACCCAUGGAGGACUUUGGCGUCUCACGCGAAGUCAGCUUGGUCGUUGUCACGGUUUUCGUUGUUGGAUUCGGUAUUGGACCAAUGGUUUUCGCUCCCAUGUCAGAGAUGUUUGGACGCCGGCCUCUGUAUGCCAUUACCCUUCUGGUUGCCGUUGUCUUUAUCAUCCCAUGUGCCGUCGCCAAGAACAUCGGAACUCUCAUCGUCUGCCGUAUGAUUGAUGGAAUUGCUUUCAGUGCGCCCAUGACUCUUGUCGGUGGUACUUUGGCAGAUUUGUGGAGAAGUGAAGAACGUGGUGUUCCAAUGGCAGCUUUCAGUGCAGCUCCUUUCAUCGGCCCGGCUAUCGGUCCACUUGCUGGUGGCUUCCUGGGUGACAACUGUGGCUGGCGCUGGCUGUACUGGCUCCAAUUGAUCUUGGGCUUUGUCGCCUGGGUCUUGAUCACUUUCACUGUCCCCGAGACAUACGCACCCAUUUUGCUCAAGAAGAGAGCCCAAAAGCUCCGCAAGUCCGAGAAUGACGACAAGUAUACCACCGAAGGUGAUCUUGACCCUCGGCCUAUGGGUGAGAAGCUGCGCAUCUUCCUCUUCCGCCCCUUCCAGCUUCUUUUCCUUGAGCCUAUCGUCUUCUUCCUUGCUCUCUAUAUGUCGGUCUUGUACGGACUACUCUACAUGUUCUUUGUUGCGUAUCCAAUUGUGUAUCAAUCCGGCAAAGGAUGGAGUGCAUCCAUGACGGGUCUCAUGUUCAUUCCCCUGGCCAUCGGUGUUCUUAUGAGUGCGGCCUGUGCUCCCUUCGUCAACAAGCACUACCUUAAGAUUUCGGUACAAUGCGGUGGAAAGCCCCCAGCCGAAAAGCGUCUGAUCCCAAUGAUGUGGUCUUGCUGGUUUGUUCCCAUUGGUCUUUUCAUUUUCGCUUGGACCUCUUAUUCUGAUGUCCACUGGAUGGGACCGGCAAUGGGAGGAUGGCCUGUUGGAUUUGGCUUCAUCUUCCUGUACAACUCAGCCAACAACUACCUUGUGGAUACCUAUCAACAUCAAGCAGCAUCUGCGCUCGCGGCUAAGACCUUCCUCCGUUCCAUGUGGGGCGCUUCUACCGUCCUCUUCACAGAGCAGAUGUAUAACCGACUAGGCUACCAGUGGGCCAGCUCCCUUCUCGCAUUCCUUGCUCUGGCUUGCUGUGCUAUCCCCUAUGUAUUCUACUUCAAGGGAGAGGCUAUUCGUCGAUUCUCGAAGUAUGCCUUCAGCGAUGAUGAAGAGCAGGCCAUCAAAGCAUGGGAUCUUGACAAACUUUCGAAUCAGAGUGUUGAAAGAUGUGGUGAAGAUGGCUGUUGA